UCACUUCAAAGUUGCACUUGCAUCCCUUCCCAAGUUGCAAGUCAACGAUUACAACAACACAAACCGAUAUCGCUCCGUCUAGUGACUUCUACAUCACAAAAUAAUACAUCAACUUGGAAGAUAACACGUACGUUAUACUAUUAUAGCGCCAACUGGUGUCACGAGAGAAGAUCACUACUAAAUGGCACAAACUACAAACCCAGUAUUGUUUGGCGUCACACACACACAUGCAUUCUCUCAAGUCUAAGCCCAAGUGGAUGUAUUCAUAGUUGGACUAUCAGGAUCAGAUGUGAGCAAACAUUGCUGGAAGAAGAGAUUAUUAUCAGAAGACAUAAAGAUAUGUGCUCUACAUUCUCUUGUCAAAAUUAAGUACCAGACAUCACUAUUUUGUUUGGAAUACUAGUCUGGGAGGCAACAUUGGAGAUCUGUAUGGCUAUGCUCACACGGAGUUUAGUGUCAGCCAGCAUACCUUUUCUUAGAGGAUUUUCAUCAGCAGCAACUAGUUUUCUUAAAACUGGAGAUGUAUUAAAGCGAGCUAGAAUUUUCACAAGUGAAGAGGUCUUGGAUUACUCUAAAGUGAGUCAUGACUCUAAUCCUCUGCAUUUUGAUUCUGAGUCUGCUCAAAAUGCUGGAUUCGAAGACCGAGUGGUCCACGGGAUGCUUGUUGCUGGCCUGUUUCCCAAGAUCAUAUCUUCUCAUUUUCCUGGAGCCGUAUAUGUAUCCCAAAGUCUGCAUUUCAGGUCACCUGUCUAUAUUGGAGAAGAGAUAGUUGGCGAGGUACGAGCAAUUAAUAUACGAGAGAAAAAAAACAGAUACUUAGCAAAGUUCAAGACAGCUUGCUUUAAGAAUGGUUCUGUUGUUAUUGAUGGCGAGGCAAUGGCUAUCUUACCUACACUUGCAAUGGAAGAAGAGAAUACUUUGUGAUGACAGAAGCUGGUUCUAGACCUUAAGCAUUAACCUGCAAGUGCAAGGCAAUGUCUCGAUCAAACCUUAUUUGCUCAGACAUAUGGUGCUCAAACAAGACAUAUGGUGCUAAUUGCAUUUUGUCCUUCAUCUGCACCCCAAAAUUUCUGUAGUUUUAUUUAUUGUGAUUGUUGUCUUUGAUGAAAUAAAAAUCUCUGUAACCAAAUCCAUGUAUUAUAGGUUCAGUAUCUGCCUUGUUUUGUUGAUAUCAAUAUUUACCUUUGAGCGUAGAAUAUAUACUUAUUCAUCGAAUACAUAGGGUGCAAUUUCUGUUCACAUGUGGACCUUCAUAAAUCAUAACUACUACUCUAGUUGCUCAAACAAUUCAUGAGCACUCUC